AUGCCCUCAAAAAGAGAAUUAAAAAAAGUAGCGACGAAAAUUCACCAGAUCAAGCAGCCCAAGUCACCACCACCUCGCAAGAGACAGAGAUCAUCAUUUAUUCCUCCACAUCUACUUGAGGAUGAGGCAUUCGACUUCCGGUCAGACAACAGUAUAACCGACACUGAAAUCAAUCCUCGCCCCGAUGAUCUUAUCUCCUCUAUAGACCUUCUGGACGGCAAUAUCAGUUUGGCGUUUCAUAAAUGGCGCGAUCCGAUUCCUAUAUUGGAGGUUAUUAGCCAUGCAUCAGUUACAACGCUCAUUCAUCUAUUCCACACGGCCAAAGUGUUCAGACUCAUUGUCGUCGACAUGUUUUACGCUAAAUAUUUCCGAAAGUUUUAUAAACAAUGGCGGUAUCCAAAGUUAGAAGACCUACAAGAUAUAGCACUACAGCUCAAAAAAUGGGCAAUUGAAGUGACACCCGAAGUUACUGAAUUGAGAAUGUUAGGGUGGCUUCAGAUGCUACUUUUUCACGUCUCGUCUUAUUUAGUCGCAAUGGGUCUAAUCCCGCAGCCAGAGACCAGGCUAGAGCAUCUAGCUCAGGAUAUGAAAAUGAAUAUUCUCAGACGAUGGGAUAAUAAGCUUGCUUCGUGUCCAACAUCAUACUUUAAGAUGAAUUUCCAAAUAUUCCCACGAGAACACUGGCACUUGAAGGACAGUGAGCCUUAUAGUACUGUUGAGGAUAUUGAUUUUGACUUUGGAUUUGAAAAGACGGACUAG